AUGAGUCUCGCAAUCCAAUUCCUGACCAAGAUACGCGGCUUUGCCCUCGAGGCAGACGGCGCCAGCCUCAAAGACUGGCUGCAGGUCGAGAACGAUGUCCCGGAUAUAUACUACAACCUGGCGCACGAGAUCAGAUCGAACUAUCCAGACAACGGGAGUGACGCCCUCGAGAAAUUCGUCGACAACUGUCUUCCAGAGGAAGAUAACGUGCCAGAGGGGAAGGGGUCGCCGUGGCCGGGGUUUAAUUCUUUCAUUAAGGACUACCUCGAGUACUGGCGCGAUGUGAACUUUGACGAUGUUGUCAAUGUUUACACUAGGCUCAGUGAGCUGUUGAUAUCAUGCGCCAACGCGCUUGCUAAUCCGACCUAUGGUGUUAUGCUCCUUCCGACGAGCAUGGCCUUGUCGGAAUCCCUGUCGAAGCUGGUUAUGAGCCUGACUAGACAGCCGGAGGUUCUAGCGUUGAUAGAAGGGGAUGAGACGGGUGACGGGGAGAGCAAGUCGGUUGUUGAGAUGGCGGCGGAUAUUAUCCAAAAGUUUUUCACGUCUUGUCUGGGUGACCGCUCCAGCACGAGAUGGGCACCGCCAAAGGGGAAAAAGGUGGCGGUUUAUCUCUUUGCGAAUCUAACUCUUAAACUCCUCUUUGCCUGCGAAAAAUCUCACCUCGCCGUCCAAAUGUUCACCAACCUCUCCACCUCUGGUCCAGCCCUGGCCUUGUACCCGGCCUCGCAGAGGGUAACCUUCCUCUACUACCUCGGCCGCUUCAACUUUGACAACGCGCACUACUUUCGCGCGCACAUGUGCCUCGAGGAGGCCUACAGGCAGUGCCACACCUCAUUUCUCAAACACCGGCGCCAGAUUCUCACUUGGUGGAUCCCCUCCAACAUGCUCUGCGGCCGGUUCCCGUCGGUGAACCUCCUCUCCCGGCCGGACGCAGCUGGGUUUGGGGAGGUUUUCCUCCCGAUAUGCAGGGCUGUGAGGUCGGGGAAUUUUGUGGCGUUUCGUGCGGCGUUGGAGGGGAAGAGGGAGUGGUUGUGGGAGAGGGGGUUGUAUCUGGUUUUUCUGUAUCGUCUCAAGCCCUUGCUUUGGAGGUCGCUGACGAGGAAGACGUUUCUGUUGAGGUCGGGGAUGAUGGAUGAUGCGGUGGGGGGAAAGGGGGGGGAGGGUAAUAAGGCUGCUUCGUUGGCUUUUGAGGAUGUGGUGACUACGGCGACGUAUGUGCAGAGAUUGCUCGAGGGGUAUACUCAGGCCGGAUUUGGGGAACUUGUCCCUCCGCUGGGGGGGCCGAAGUACUUGAUGCCGUCCGAGGGGUUAAUUUUUGGGAAUAAGAAGCCGGAUGUGGACAGUGUCGAGAGUGUUGUUGCGGGCUUGGUUUACGGGGGGUUGCUGCAGGGGUUUAUUGCGAGGCAGCAGGGGAAGUUUGCGGUGGAGGGGGCGAAGAGGUACGGGGGGAAUGCGGUCAGGGCUGGGUGGCCUGGGGUGUAUGAAGCGCUUGGGCAAAGGUUUAGGGAGAGCUGGGAGGAGGGGUUGGAGGCUGCGGAUAGGGGGGAGGGGGAGGUGGUGGGGGAGUUUGGGGAGUGUCCUGGUUGGGUGAGGGAUUCGAGCUGAGAUACUCAGCUUUCUUGGUAUGGGAAUGGGAUUUUGGUUGAGUAUGGUUGGUUAGAGUUCAUGAGGGUUAAGGAUGGUGGUGGGGGUGACGGGCAUUGUGGAAGGUUAGGCGAUGGCGAGGAGCUUGUGUGGUCGAUGAGGUGAAUGAAAGACGAAGGAGAACUAUCUCUGGUGAUUUUGUAUGACACAGCACGGGAGUAAUGAUAACACAGCAUUUGACCACGGGGGCUUUUACGAGGUUGUGGCUUGAGGUUGUGACACCUGCACUGCUUUAUGUCUAUUUAGAUGGCCAAGCUGCUGGACAGCACGAGGCUCAUGAUGCCAAUCGGAUCUUGGAGCAAUGUUGUGGAUAGGGGGGAUAGGGGUUGCUAGACAGCAUACGAGCGUUCGAAUGUCGGGUGUCUAAUCAGGGAUUUUAAGGCUUGUCCCCGGAGGCAUGUGGAUCGGAUACGGGUGCUUUUGAUGUCUGUUCAUCAGGACCUUUCCUGUCCAACGAGUAUCCCGCAUGUUGGGAAGCCUGUUCAAAGGUGUGGUAGAUAGAGGUUCACCACCCUCUAACUGCCGUGGAACAUGGGGAUAGAAUCCAACAUUAGGUUGUGAGUUGGUGCGUACAAGAAAGAGCCGCGCGUCCAAGGUGGAAACAGAAGGGUUAAGUAAUCAUCAUCAAACAGCUCUGUCAUCAAUGAGUGAUGGAAGGGGAAGGGUGGACUAGCAA